GACCAGGUGCCACUUCAAAUCUGUGUCAUUUGAAUAAAAUCUAGUAAUUAUCUAGUUAAGAUCUGUUUUGCUGAGUAGAAAGAAUCAAAGAUCUUUUCUUUUUCUGUAACUUUUGUUGGGAUUUGUGUUUACUUGAAUUUGGUCUUUGACCCUUUAGAGUACUUCCAUAAAUUCCCAUUGGUUCUCUCAUAUAUUCUUUGAUUCUCUCUGCUUUUUUGUUUCUUUGUCAUGGAGUUGUGGUAGGUGGCUAAAGCUAAAAGGCUAGCAAUCCCAGAAAUAUUCUAUUAGCACUUCAUUUUUUUUAAUCUUUUCUUUUCUUUUCUGGGUUGCUGCAAAAAUCUUGUUUUGAUUAGCUGAAACAUGGGUUUUUAUCUUUCCUAUGUUGUUGUGUUGGUCUUGUUCAUUUUUGUGGGAGUUUCAGUUUCCUUAUCUUCUUCACCAAUUGAAGAUCAGAAGAGAGAUAGGGUCACUGAUUUGCCAGGGCAACCCAAGAAUGUGGGGUUUGCUCAUUAUUCUGGCUAUGUCACUGUGAAUGAGAAGAGUGGGAGUGCAUUGUUCUACUGGCUCUUUGAGGCUCCGGCGAGCCGCCGACCAGAGAAGAGACCACUGGUUUUGUGGCUCAAUGGUGGCCCUGGAUGCUCCUCCAUUGCUUAUGGUGCAUCUGAAGAAAUUGGCCCUUUUAGGAUUAGGCCUGAUGGAAAGUCACUUUACUUGAACCCUUAUGCUUGGAACAAAUUGGCAAACAUAUUGUUCCUUGAUUCUCCUGCUGGUGUCGGAUUUUCGUACUCGAAUAAGACGACGGAUCUGUACACAUUUGGUGACCAGAGAACAGCUGAAGAUGCAUAUACAUUUCUUGUUAAGUGGUUUGAAAGAUUUCCUCAGUAUAAGCAUAGAGAGUUCUACAUUGCUGGAGAAAGCUAUGCAGGGCACUAUGUUCCUCAGUUGUCUCAAAUUGUUUAUGAGAGAAACAAGGGAAUCAAGAAUCCAGUGAUAAAUUUCAAGGGAUUUAUGGUUGGAAAUGCUGUUACUGAUGAUUAUCAUGAUUAUGUUGGAACAUUUGAGUAUUGGUGGACUCAUGGUUUGGUAUCAGAUUCCACAUACAGGAUACUGAGAAUUGCUUGUGAUUUCGGUUCUUCACAGCAUCCAUCAGUGCCUUGCAUGCAGGCCCUUAAAGUUGCAGUUGUUGAGCAGGGUAACAUUGAUCCUUAUAGCAUUUAUACGCAGCCUUGUAACGAUACGUCCUCACUCAGACGCGACUUGGGGGGUCGCUAUCCGUGGAUGUCUCGAGCAUACGAUCCCUGCACUGAGAGGUAUUCCGACUUGUAUUUCAAUCAUCCAGAAGUUCAGAAGGCACUUCAUGCCAAUGUAACCGGAAUUCCUUAUUCAUGGAAGACUUGCAGUGAUAUUGUGGGGAACUAUUGGACUGAUUCUCCUCUAACUAUGCUUCCUAUAUAUCGCGAACUUAUUAGUGCUGGUCUCAAGAUAUGGGUAUACAGUGGAGACACUGAUUCAGUAGUUCCAGUCACUGCGACUCGAUAUUCGAUUGAUGCAUUGAAGCUACCAACCCUCACCAACUGGUACCCUUGGUAUGAUAAUGGCAAGGUUGGUGGUUGGAGUCAAGUUUACAAAGGACUGACAUUAGUAACUGUAAGAGGAGCCGGCCAUGAGGUUCCGCUUCAUCGGCCGCGCCAAGCCUUCAUUCUUUUCAGGUCUUUCUUGGAGGACAAGCCAAUGCCAUCUUCAAGUUAGAGCAGCAACAAGUCAUUAUUUUUUCCAGUUUGUGAUUGAUUCAUCAAAGAAGAAAAGAUAAAAAGAGAGUAUAGAAUCAUAAGUAUCACCAUUCUUGGACCUUAGGCUAAGAAUAACUGCAAUUCAGAUAUAUAUAAAUAUAUAUAUAUAUAUGGAUCAGGCUGAGACAGAAGAAUAAGGAAUGCAUUCCUCAUGAGUUCCAUCUUGGCUGGCUCUGCCUGGAAAAACAAAAAAGAAAAUAAUUAAAUUGAUUGAUAAAUUUAUUUAUCAAUUCUAGUUCAACUAUUUUUAUUUGUUAUUGAAAAAAUUGUGAUUAUUAUUUAUAUGGAAUGUCAUUCUUUCUGGA